AUGUUGCGUAGGAAGAAAAAGCAAGUAAGAUUUGAAGAGAACGGACACAUAGGCACGUGCUUGCGUAGGAAGAAAAAGCAAGUAAGAUUUGAAGAGAACGGACACAUAGGCACGUGCUUGCGUAGGAAGAAAAAGCAAGUAAGAUUUGAAGAGAAGAGACACAUAGGCACAUGCUUGCUUAGGAAGAAAAAGCAAGUAAGAUUUGAAGAGAACGGACACAUAGGCACAUGGUUGCGUAGGAAGAAAAAGCAAGUAAGAUUUGAAGAGAACGGACACAUAGGCACGUGCUUGCGUAGGAAGGAAAAGCAAGUAAGAUUUGAAGAGAACGGACACAUAGGCACGUGCUUGCGUAGGAAGAAAAAGCAAGUAAGAUUUGAAGAGAAGAGACACAUAGGCACGUGCUUGCUUAGGAAGAAAAAGCAAGUAAGAUUUGAAGAGAACGGACACAUAGGCACAAUGUUGCGUAGGAAGAAAAAGCAAGUAAGAUUUGAAGAGAACGGACACAUAGGCACGUGCUUGCGUAGGAAGAAAAAGCAAGUAAGAUUUGAAGAGAAGAGACACAUAGGCACGUGCUUGCUUAGGAAGAAAAAGCAAGUAAGAUUUGAAGAGAACGGACACAUAGGCACGUGCUUGCGUAGGAAGAAAAAGCAAGUAAGAUUUGAAGAGAAGAGACACAUAGGCACGUGCUUGCUUAGGAAGAAAAAGCAAGUAAGAUUUGAAGAGAACGGACACAUAGGCACAAUGUUGCGUAGGAAGAAAAAGCAAGUAAGAUUUGAAGAGAACGGACACAUAGGCACGUGCUUGCGCAGGAAGAAAAAGCAAGUAAGAUUUGAAGAGAACGGACACAUAGGCACAAUGUUGCGUAGGAAGAAAAAGCAAGUAAGAUUUGAAGAGAACGGACACAUAGGCACGUGCUUGCGUAGGAAGAAAAAGCAAGUAAGAUUUGAAGAGAACGGACACAUAGGCACGUGCUUGCGUAGGAAGAAAAAGCAAGUAAGAUUUGAAGAGAAGAGACACAUAGGCACGUGCUUGCUUAGGAAGAAAAAGCAAGUAAGAUUUGAAGAGAACGGACACAUAGGCACGUGCUUGCGUAGGAAGAAAAAGCAAGUAAGAUUUGAAGAGAAGAGACACAUAGGCACGUGCUUGCUUAGGAAGAAAAAGCAAGUAAGAUUUGAAGAGAAUGGACACAUAGGCACAAUGUUGCGUAGGAAGAAAAAGCAAGUAAGAUUUGAAGAGAACGGACACAUAGGCACGUGCUUGCGCAGGAAGAAAAAGCAAGUAAGAUUUGAAGAGAACGGACACAUAGGCACAAUGUUGCGUAGGAAGAAAAAGCAAGUAAGAUUUGAAGAGAACGGACACAUAGGCACGUGCUUGCGUAGGAAGAAAAAGCAAGUAAGAUUUGAAGAGAACGGACACAUAGGCACGUGCUUGCGUAGGAAGAAAAAGCAAGUAAGAUUUGAAGAGAAGAGACACAUAGGCACGUGCUUGCUUAGGAAGAAAAAGCAAGUAAGAUUUGAAGAGAACGGACACAUAGGCACAUGGUUGCGUAGGAAGAAAAAGCAAGUAAGAUUUGAAGAGAACGGACACAUAGGCACGUGCUUGCGUAGGAAGGAAAAGCAAGUAAGAUUUGAAGAGAACGGACACAUAGGCACGUGCUUGCGUAGGAAGAAAAAGCAAGUAAGAUUUGAAGAGAAGAGACACAUAGGCACGUGCUUGCUUAGGAAGAAAAAGCAAGUAAGAUUUGAAGAGAACGGACACAUAGGCACAAUGUUGCGUAGGAAGAAAAAGCAAGUAAGAUUUGAAGAGAACGGACACAUAGGCACGUGCUUGCGUAGGAAGAAAAAGCAAGUAAGAUUUGAAGAGAAGAGACACAUAGGCACGUGCUUGCUUAGGAAGAAAAAGCAAGUAAGAUUUGAAGAGAACGGACACAUAGGCACAAUGUUGCGUAGGAAGAAAAAGCAAGUAAGAUUUGAAGAGAACGGACACAUAGGCACGUGCUUGCGUAGGAAGAAAAAGCAAGUAAGAUUUGAAGAGAAGAGACACAUAGGCACGUGCUUGCUUAGGAAGAAAAAGCAAGUAAGAUUUGAAGAGAACGGACACAUAGGCACGUGCUUGCGUAGGAAGAAAAAGCAAGUAAGAUUUGAAGAGAAGAGACACAUAGGCACGUGCUUGCUUAGGAAGAAAAAGCAAGUAAGAUUUGAAGAGAACGGACACAUAGGCACAAUGUUGCGUAGGAAGAAAAAGCAAGUAAGAUUUGAAGAGAACGGACACAUAGGCACGUGCUUGCGCAGGAAGAAAAAGCAAGUAAGAUUUGAAGAGAACGGACACAUAGGCACAAUGUUGCGUAGGAAGAAAAAGCAAGUAAGAUUUGAAGAGAACGGACACAUAGGCACGUGCUUGCGUAGGAAGAAAAAGCAAGUAAGAUUUGAAGAGAACGGACACAUAGGCACGUGCUUGCGUAGGAAGAAAAAGCAAGUAAGAUUUGAAGAGAAGAGACACAUAGGCACGUGCUUGCUUAGGAAGAAAAAGCAAGUAAGAUUUGAAGAGAACGGACACAUAGGCACGUGCUUGCGUAGGAAGAAAAAGCAAGUAAGAUUUGAAGAGAAGAGACACAUAGGCACGUGCUUGCUUAGGAAGAAAAAGCAAGUAAGAUUUGAAGAGAAUGGACACAUAGGCACAAUGUUGCGUAGGAAGAAAAAGCAAGUAAGAUUUGAAGAGAACGGACACAUAGGCACGUGCUUGCGCAGGAAGAAAAAGCAAGUAAGAUUUGAAGAGAACGGACACAUAGGCACAAUGUUGCGUAGGAAGAAAAAGCAAGUAAGAUUUGAAGAGAACGGACACAUAGGCACGUGCUUGCGUAGGAAGAAAAAGCAAGUAAGAUUUGAAGAGAACGGACACAUAGGCACGUGCUUGCGUAGGAAGAAAAAGCAAGUAAGAUUUGAAGAGAAGAGACACAUAGGCACGUGCUUGCUUAGGAAGAAAAAGCAAGUAAGAUUUGAAGAGAACGGACACAUAGGCACAUGGUUGCGUAGGAAGAAAAAGCAAGUAAGAUUUGAAGAGAACGGACACAUAGGCACGUGCUUGCGUAGGAAGGAAAAGCAAGUAAGAUUUGAAGAGAACGGACACAUAGGCACGUGCUUGCGUAGGAAGAAAAAGCAAGUAAGAUUUGAAGAGAAGAGACACAUAGGCACGUGCUUGCUUAGGAAGAAAAAGCAAGUAAGAUUUGAAGAGAACGGACACAUAGGCACAAUGUUGCGUAGGAAGAAAAAGCAAGUAAGAUUUGAAGAGAACGGACACAUAGGCACGUGCUUGCGUAGGAAGAAAAAGCAAGUAAGAUUUGAAGAGAAGAGACACAUAGGCACGUGCUUGCUUAGGAAGAAAAAGCAAGUAAGAUUUGAAGAGAACGGACACAUAGGCACGUGCUUGCGUAGGAAGAAAAAGCAAGUAAGAUUUGAAGAGAAGAGACACAUAGGCACGUGCUUGCUUAGGAAGAAAAAGCAAGUAAGAUUUGAAGAGAACGGACACAUAGGCACAAUGUUGCGUAGGAAGAAAAAGCAAGUAAGAUUUGAAGAGAACGGACACAUAGGCACGUGCUUGCGCAGGAAGAAAAAGCAAGUAAGAUUUGAAGAGAACGGACACAUAGGCACAUGGUUGCGUAGGAAGAAAAAGCAAGUAAGAUUUGAAGAGAACGGACACAUAGGCACAUGGUUGCGUAGGAAGAAAAAGCAAGUAAGAUUUGAAGAGAACGGACACAUAGGCACGUGCUUGCGUAGGAAGGAAAAGCAAGUAAGAUUUGAAGAGAACGGACACAUAGGCACGUGCUUGCGUAGGAAGAAAAAGCUAGUAAGAUUUGAAGAGAACAGACUCAUAGGCACGUGCUUGCGUAAGAAGAAAAAGCAAGUAAGAUUUGAAGAGAACAGACACAUAGGCACGUGCUUGCGUAGGAAGGAAAAGCAAGUAAGAUUUGAAGAGAACGGACACAUAGGCACGUGCUUGCGUAGGAAGAAAAAGCAAGUAGUUGGUUAUUAG